GCUGAGGAACACAUCGACCUGCCUGAAGUAAAGUCCUCUCCCGUUUUGCGUUGAACCGCUUCAAAACGGAUUUAUUCCAUAUAAAUUGGUGAUCCCGGAUUAUGUCGGCAAGCGACGACUCUGCAGAGUUGAACAGAUCGAGUUCUCCAGUUCAUCACAGAAGAAAGCACAGCAUGGAAUCUUCUAGGUCUCCCCGAUUCUCCAAACACCACCAUUCACGGUCAAGGUCGCGUUCCAGGGACCGAAAACGUGACAGAAAAUACAGACGAAGUCGGAGCAGGAGCAAAGAGGCACGAAAAAGGGAUUCAGAGAAGCCAUCAAAAUCUCACAGAAAAUCAGACGAUCAUCAAGAGCCUGAGAGACAUCCAGCAGAGAACGGAGAAGACCGGUCCAGGCGGAAGGAAAGGAAGUCUUCGAGGGGGCGGAGCUUGUCCAGGUCACACUCAAAAGAGAGACGGCAUCACAGCAGAAGCAGGGAUCAGCGGCGGUCAAGAUCACGCAGCCGGGACAGGAAGAAGAAAGCUCGGUCUCGUUCAGGUUCCAGAACCAAACAUCGUCACCACAGCAGAAGUCGUAGCAAAAGCAGGGAGCGAAAGAAGAGGGUCGAGAAAGUGCACAGAAAGAGUCUAAGCAGGUCUAUUAGUCCUCUGGUCUUCCGUGGGCGAAACACAGCGAUGGACGCACAAGAGGCUUUAGCCAGAAGACUAGAGAGAGCCAAGAAACUACAGGAGCAGAAAGAGAAAGAAAUGUUGGAGAAACAGCAGCAGCAACAGCAGGAAAUGGCUGCAGCUGUGGCCGCCCCAAUUGCAGCCGCUGCUGCGGCGGCCACCUCGAACCCUGCCCUGAACGUGGCCGCCCUUCUGGCCUCUGGGACGCAGGUCACCCCUCAGAUCGCCAUGGCUGCACAGAUGGCAGCGCUUCAAGCCAAAACCCUUGCAGAGACUGGCAUUGCUGUGCCCAGUUACUACAACCCGUCUGCUGUCAACCCCAUGAAGUUUGCAGAACAGGAGAAAAAGAGGAAAAUGCUAUGGCAGGGGAAGAAGGACGGGGAAAAGUCACAAACUGCUGAGUUGUGGGAGAAACUGAACUUUGGAAACAAGGACCAGAAUGUUAAAUUUCGUAAGCUAAUGGGCAUUAAGGGUGAGGAUGAUGCAGAAGCUACCAAACAACUCAACGAUGAAGGCUUAAAGACUCUUCAGAAACAAGAGGAGAUGUUCAAGAACCUCGACGUUCAGUACGAGAUGGCUCGAUCUCAGACUCACACCCAGAGAGGAAUGGGACUCGGCUUUUCCUCCUCUUUCUCUCGUGGGAUGGAUUCAAUCUAGUGCCAAACCUCGGCACUCGUCCUCAUCUCAUCACAUAAUUCAUUGCCAGCCCUCGAGCUUGCAUGGAUGUUGCUCUGAAUCUGUAUAUUAUUUAUAGACAAAAGCCUCGUAAAUUGUAACGUGUAUAUAGUGAGACGCUGAGUUUGUCUUGGCGUUUAUUAAUCUUUCCGUCUGCGGG